AUGAGCGAGAGCAUCAUCUUCUAUAUGACGUCACAUGACGUAGAGCCGGGUGAAGAGCUUCUGGUUUUGUAUGGUGACGGAUAUGGGAGGUUUUUAGGCGUAAACCGCAUACAUCAGGAAGUUGAUCUCAACGGUUCAUUUGAAUUUCGUGCCAAUGUUUUGACAUUUGACGACAAUGAAAGACACAAUUUUGAUAAUUGGACACCUGUAACGUAUCAGAACUGGAAUCCUAACGAAGAGGGUGAGGCGGCAGUUGACCUAAUCUUUGGCCUCCUUUUGACUUAUCAUAACGACGGUAGGUGGCGCUGGGUGACUGAGAGGAACUACACGUACUAUACAGGAGAACACGGACUUAAACUUCCCUUUAUUUGUGAGGAUUCUCCAUUUCUUUGGGAGCCAGAGGAGUGUUCUGUUACAUAA